CCAAACUUGCAAGAUCCGAUCACCUCAAAUUUGGGAUCACCAUUAUACCAGCAUAUAAUCUCCCUCCCAAAAGCACCAACUCCGAUCACCCCAGACCUCCUGAGGUUCUUCUUCACAGUCAACCAAUGGACCUCGAGCAUGGCAAGAAGCCCCCUGCCAUUGCCGCCGCGGAGCUAUGCUCGCUCAAGGACAAGCUCGUCGGCCUGCGGCCGGUCCUGCUGCGAGCGGCGGCGGUCCUGGCGACGGCGGUGGCCGCGGUGGUCAUGGGGCUCAACAGGCAGUCCUACACCGCGGUGGUGGCCAUUGUGGGCACCAGGCCGCUCACGCAGACCUUCACUGCCAAGUUCAGCGACACGCCUGCGUUUGUGUACUUUGUCAUAGCCAAUGGCAUUGCCAGUCUGUAUAACUUGGUGGUGCUGCUCACCAGAAGGUGCCUUGUGCAGGGAAGGGCCCAGCAUUUGGUAGUGCAUAGGAUGGACAUGGUAAUCAUGGUUCUAUUGGCCACCGGUGCCGCGACAGCGGCUUCGAUGGCCGAGUUAGGCAAGAAUGGUAACUUGCACACGCGUUGGAACCCGAUAUGCAACAAAUUUGGUUCCUUCUGCAACCGUGGAGGCGUAUCACUCGUGUCCUCAUUCGUCGGCGUCGCGCUCAUGCUAGCCCUGAACUUGCUCUCAGCUGCAGCCACCUCUCCCCGUGCCAUCGUCGCAGGCCAAUGAGCACUAGUACCUCAGCUCAGACAGUCCAUACCCAAGAGUACACUGCUCAUGUCACUGGGAUGUGAAGUGAUGUGAGCCAGUUUGGUUGCAUGUGGGAGCUGGAUCUCAGGAGGAAGUGUGCUCAAGGCUGCAAGUGUGCUAAAUUUGGUCUACAACUGUAUAUCACCUUGCCUGGUCUGAAAUGUGCAGGCACAUAAGCCCUGGUUGGUUAUGGGGCUUUAACUAGAUCAGCUCCUAAAUUAGAUCAAGUUAUUGCACCAUUCAAUUCUACUACUUUGUGGUUGUAAACCAGUACUCACAACUGUCCCGGCAUUUGGCCGCAUUUGCUCAAUUGGAUGAUACAUUGCAUCGUUC